AUCACAGCCCACACGACCACAGGCACACGCACUCAACAUGUCAUUGUAUAGUCUUUACAAUCGCAUAUGGUUUGAAGGGGACUCCAACAUGUCCAACGUUGCGCUGGUAUUUUCAAUAUGUGUAUCAGAGUGUAAAUGUUCUCAAUGUCUUAUAAUGUUGAUGUAACAUUUUCUAACUGUGCCAUCUGCUUAGAAAUGUAUAUGCACACAUAAGAAAAACUAAUUGCAGGAAUAAAAGCUAGUAAGAGUAGAUCGAGGGAUCAUUACUUAACCCAUUGUAUCCUAUUGACUAAGAUCCUAAAGUCAGAUGCUUAUAAAGUUUCCCUGUUUAACUGAGUCUACAACUCUGAAAGCACCAUUAAAGACAUUCAAUAUCCUCUCCUCAAUCCCAUAUUUGCCGGGACCCUCAGAGUGGAUUAAUAGGAGGUCCUGCUUCCGACCACCUGCACCGCGACACCUGUGUCCCAAUCUGUCCGGAGUUAAAGUCAGAGCCGGGCGCAGACGGGUGGAGUGAAGUGGAGGAUUUCAGACCCGAUCAGCAGCUCACAGCGACUGGAGGAGAACAAACAUGCCGAGGUCUUUUCUGGUGAAGAGUAAACGGGCCCACAGCUACCACCAGCCCCGCUACCUGGACGAUGUCUGCAGUGGGCUGGAUUCUAUCCUGGCCCAAGCGUGCGUGGAAACCAAAUCUCAGGCGGAGAACCUGGAGCCGCAUGAGGAUGUGAGCGCCGGCGCUGACAGUCUGUCCCCCGGGUCCCGGCUGCUGUCUCCGGGUUCGCUCUCCUCCGGCUCCCCGCAGAGCUGUGAAGGCAGCGUGUGUGACCGAUCCCCCGACUGUGAUUUCUGGCGUCCCCCGUCUCCCUCCUCGUCACCAGAUUCAGAGAAGUGCUCCACUCCAGCAGCGGAGGACGGUCACCACUUCAACAUCCCCCUCUUCCCUUACUCCUGGUCGGCCUACACCGGCUCCGAGCUGCGGCACCUGGUCCAGAGACCCUACCACCACCACCACCAGGGCCACAGGGAGCCGAGCUCACCCGUCAGCCUCUAUGGACCGGAGGACAGCGGCACCGAGCAGCUUUACGCACAGCGAGGUGCUGUGGCCGGAUGCUACCAGGAUUAUUCUUCAACGGCCCAACACAUCCGCAGGAUGCGGGACACGGAGGAGCUGUAUGUGGAUGUAAAGCAGAAGCCCCCGAUUGCGGAGAUCAAGUCUGAGAACGAGUUCAUCUGCGCCAACUUCGAGUCCGAUGGAUCAUACAAGUGCAUUAAAUGUUACAAGGUGUUCUCCACCCCUCACGGUUUGGAGGUUCAUGUGCGGAGGUCGCACAGCGGGACGCGGCCGUUCGAGUGCGGGAUCUGCGGGAAAACCUUCGGCCACGCGGUGAGCCUGGACCAGCACCGAGCUGUUCACUCACAGGAGAGAAGCUUCAGCUGUAAAAUCUGCGGCAAAAGCUUCAAGCGCUCCUCCACACUGUCCACGCACCUGCUCAUCCACUCGGACACGCGGCCUUACCCGUGCCAGUACUGCGGGAAGAGGUUCCACCAGAAGUCAGACAUGAAGAAACACACUUUCAUCCACACAGGAGAGAAGCCGCACAAGUGCCAGGUGUGCGGGAAGGCCUUCAGUCAGAGCUCCAACCUGAUCACGCACAGCAGGAAACACACGGGCUUCAAACCGUUCGGCUGUGACUUGUGCGGGAAAGGCUUCCAGAGAAAAGUGGACCUGAGGAGACACAAGGAGACGCAGCACGGACUGAAAUGAACUCAUGUCGACGCUUUAUCGAAUCCUGCACUUUUAAUAUAAUGACCAUACAAAUGGAUGAUCCUGAUUUAUUUUAUUCUAUGUUAUUUCACUCUUUGCUGCAUUUCCCCCUUUUUCCUUCGAAAACGUAGUUCAUUAUCUAGCCUGAGAUAUUCUGAUUGGUUUUAUGGAAAUUUAACUUUAUUUAUCGAGUGUUUUUAAAUUAUUAAUAUUAAGAGUUGAAUUAUUUUAAAUGUCCACAUUCCUUAAAAUAAGAAUUAAGCUGUUUAAAUGUUGUCAAUGUAUGUCGAGAAAUUGAAAAUGAACUUCUGAAGCUCAGCUGUUAGUUUGUUUCAGUUAACUCAAUUUGAAGAAAAUGUUUAUCAUAAUUUAAUAGUUUUUAAGUUUCGACCCA